AUGCAUGCCGCGAGAUCAGGUCGUGCGUGGGCGUGGCACAUGCUGUCGGUGCCACUCUCGGUUCAAGAUCCGAGCUCCUCGCGCAGGGAUUAUAAGAAUAAUCGGUCGCCUCGCCCGUUAUCUCUCACCCUCGUUCUCUCCGUCUCCUUCUGGCGAUUUGGGGACGAUUCGACUCCGCCGCCUUCUCACCUCCGGGCUCCAGCCUUCGGUCAGGUCCUCCACCGCUCCACCUCACGCCCCCCUGGCUUCCCCUCACGACCUCACCUGGUGGCUGCCUGGCUGGUGGUUCGGUCACGGAUUUGGUUAAGAGGCAGAGGGAAAGAGCUAGCUGGUGGCCGCACACGAGCGUCAGCACCGCCGAGAUCGCGGCCUUUGUGCCGCGCGUCAGAGCGAGUCACGCGGACGUGUAGCGGGCGGUGGUGCGCCUGCGGGCAUCGCAGAUCUCUCGUCGUCUCGUUCACCUACCGGGAGCACCGACGGGACGGGGAAUCGCCUGGUCGGUGUUCCACCCAUCGCCCGGGGCGAACGGCUGGACGGGUGGGUCGGUGUUCCGGUGGCCGACCGCCUGGCGGGUCGCGCGAUCGCAAGGGCAGGCGCUCAGGCUCAGGCUCAGGUCACGCGACGCGGGAAACUGAGUGCACGCUCCAGGUUUCAGGACGGGUAAAGGUUUACCGCACUGCACCGCAUGGCGCCGGCGCGGUCCGGCCCUCACCGACAGCCGUCGCGGCCACCACAGCCACAUCUCUGGGGGACGGUACGGUAGCACGGUCGCUGUACUCGGUCGUCGUCUGGUCCAGGCGUCACAGCAUUCUGUGAAAUCAUACAAGCACCGUGUCCUAGUCACGGAGCCAUCGCCGACGACGCGAAAGGUCAUGCUCAGUUUGUUUGGGAACGAAGCUCGCGCUGCGACGCCCGACCUAGCGCAAGCAGGCAACGCGCCAACUCAAUGGCCGGCCCCAGUGAGAGAGAUGCACGAAAAUGAACGUGGAGCUGUUGCAGAUUUUAUUUUCGUAAUACAAUACAAGUAUACGCUUAUAUAUAUAUCAUACGAAUUUAAAAGUUUCCUGAGGUAAAUUUUAUUUAAGCGACAGAGGAAAAACAAAAACAAAAUGGGAGAGGAUGCUGAUGGUUGGUUAUC